AUCUGUGUCAAAAAUACAUGUGGUAUUUAAAAAUUGCUUUUUAUAUACGUAGCUUUUCUUUUUUGAUUUUAGUCAAAUAAAAAGGAAUAGAUGGCACCUUUGCCUAAUUAACACUGUCGUAAAAAAGAAAAGAAGUAGGGCUUUUGAAGUCGUUCCAUCCCUUUCUCUGCCUCAAUGGUUACUGUAGUUAUCAAAUUACCCUGCACAAAAGGUAGUGCGCCUGAUCGAUCUGCCCAUACCAUUGGCAUAUUGUAGAGGCGAAUACUCUAUUUCUUUGGUGUUUUUAUCAGUGGCUCUUCUGGAACCGCUAUGGGGUGUAAAGGGUUAAUGGCAAAUGUGUAGUGCUACUUGGUGUCGAUGUUCCUAUUUGGCUUCGUUUACGUGACAAACAGCAGUUAAGAUCUAUGUAAUAUUUAGUAAAUGAAAUUGAUGGUUUUCUGCUGUUAAAUGAUGGUUUGGACCUUGAGAUGUUAAAAGAAUUAAUGCCGCCAAUGAAAUAUCGUAUUAUUUUCAAUAAUGAACGAAACAAAUUAAAAGUGAUCAAACAACCAGAAUCAAUCGACUUAAAUUUAAGAACAGCUGAUGCUUCAGAUGUAUGCACUACAUCCGUUAUUUCGCCAAAAGUAGGUCAUACAACAUUAGGAAUUCAUAAAAAAAGCUUAAGUUAUUUACUGCAAGAUAAAAAUUGCGUGUAUUCGGAACCGGUAGGAUUAAAUAGUUUUAAUAUCGAAGAUUACGAAGUUCUAAGAAAAUGGGCUACGUUUCUCUGUUCCUACAUGGCAAAAGAAAUGCUAGGCUCCAACGCACUUGAUAACUGUUUUACCACCUUGAUCAAUGAACCACUCGAUGCAGAAACUGUAAUGAAAGAAAUAAUCCAAACUCGUUCGUUAAAAUCAUAUGUGAUAGACAGCUUAAAACGUUAUCAUAGUCUGUCCGACCUAAUGCACAUUUUACCGGUGUGCGCCGAUGUACGACUCGAUAAUUAUCGCGGUAACAGUAAACAUGAAAUUGAACAAUUUCUUAACAUUAUUGAUACGAUCACAAAAUCAGUUUUAUUAACAACAACAAUAGAAUCUAUGCCGUAUGAAAGUCAACGUUAUUUGGGAAACUUUAUCAAAAAGAAUGACCUACCGCUGCCGUUUGCCUAUUAUACGUGGAAUAAAUUCAAUAACAUGGCCGAAUAUAAAAUAAAUUUCAAUUUACUUGCUGAAACCAUGUGUUCAAACUCUGAAAGAUAUCUUCUGCAAACUGGUAGUAGCUCAGCCAUGGGAUUGGGAAAAACAAGCAUUCUGCAAUAUAUUUUUCAAGAUAAACGCAGUGAAUCGUUAAAUACGGAAGGGAAUGAGAAUCUUCGUGCUGGUUGUAUUGACGUAUUAUUUGGAACAACGAUCGGCCAUCAGAAAAAUGAAUCAUACGUCGUAUUUGACGUACAUGGCACUUUAAAUGUAUUAAACGAAGAUAUUAUCACUGCCACACAAGAACACUGCUCAUUACAAAUUUUGUACGUUACGGAACAAGACAUUGAUAGCUCUUUCCUAACUUCAACCAUGAACUAUUCAAACAAUGUUAGAUCAAAGCCAACAAUUGUCGUCGUAUUUGAUACUGAUUACGAAGACAGGCCAACGACAGGAGAUAAAAUAAGUGAUACAUUCCGCCGUCAAUAUCAAACACAAAACUGGCCCAAUGUGACUUGGAUUACGGCACCAAUUUUUAAAGGAUCAAGCGGAAUCGGUGCCAGUACAAAGUUCAAGCAUGCAAGACGUGCACAGAGUGUACAACAAUCGUUUCAUAGAGCACUAGGAACAUUAGAAACAAAAAUACAUGGCCAAAGACAAUGUACAUCAAUUUUUGCUAUUCAGUGGUAUUACACGACAGUCAGAAUGUCAUCCAAUGUCAGUCCUCCACCCGCUUGUUGCUUUGAAAUCGAAAAUCGUCUGCACGAUCUAUUUGGCGGGCUAGAUGGUGAAACUGAAAAUCUAUUUAUAGUAACGCCUAUUAGUUAUCUAGAUUCCGAAAUUAAGCAAUGUGAAAGAGAGUUACAACAAAAUUUGGAUGUCUCACAAACGGAACUGAAUGUCAAACUUCAAGACUUACGAGAACAACGACAGAGGAUUAACCAAAUUUCAAUUCACACAGCCUUUUUCAUUGAAUUAUUAACAGAACGUUCUUAUAUUGAACUGCUCAUGACUGAAAUUUUUUUAGAAAAGUGGCGUUCAAAGUUCGAAUCAACAUUACACGAACAAUUAACAGCUGCUAAAAACGAAGCUCUAAGAUAUAGUUCAAAAGUGAAACAGUUAGAAGAACAACGUUCAGUGGAAGUGAAAAAUAGUAAUCACUCAAGAAUGGAAAAUAUACAUAAUCAGCUACAAAUCGUUCAAUCUGAAUUUAACAAACGUCGUCAAUUAAUGACAGAAAUGGAAAGUAAAUUAAUGAACAUUGAUCUAACAGUCGGCCUUUUCUGUGAUGAAAUUAUGGCAUUGUAUGAUUUUCUUCCAAACCUAUUUCACACGCCAUCGUCUUCCAAAAAUUUGAUCCAAGAAAUUGCUGAACAUUUAGUAAAACUGAUGUACAAAGGUUUCGCUUUUCAUAUUCUUCGAGGACGUCCUUUACGUUGUAAAAGCAAAUUGAUUCAAGAAUGUUUACAAUAUUUGAAGCAGACGAGCCAACCACCUCUCGUUUUGACUGUCAUUGGUGAACAAUCAUCGGCCAAAUCGUCAUUAUUAAACACAACUUUCGGAUGUAAUUUUCGAGUUAGUGCAGGCAGAUGUACAAUUGGGAUGUAUAUGAGCGUUGUUUCAUGGAAAUCACAGCCCAUUGUUAUAUUUGAUACCGAAGGUUUAUUAUCGUUAGAAGAAGCUGGUUCAAUAUUUGACAAUCAAAUGGUUACAAUGGCUAUGCUGUCCUCCCACCUCGUACUUAUCAAUCACAAAGGUGAAUUUAGUUCAAAUCUAGAGAAUCUGAUCGGUAUGAGUUUUUACGCUAAACUACAAAUUCGAGCACCGAUUAAGCCAAAAUUGUUAUUUGUAUUACGUGAUCAAGCAGAUAUGCAUGCAUCUCCAACAUUUUUCCGGCAACUAGCGAAACUAAAAGAAAAUCUGUAUAAUGAUAGUAAAUUUUUAAAAUCAUCAAUAGAAGAAGAACUUGAAAUUGGAGAUAACAGUGUUAUUCUGUUGCCAAAUGCGUUCUCACAUGAUGUUAAUGCGAUAACAAAUUUACGGCAAUGCUGGAGAAAUGAAACAUUUCCGAUAGAAAUUAUCAGUUUACGUAAAACGAUAUUCGAGAAACUCAUGCAUGUUGACCAGGAACAAGCACCUUUAACAUCGACAAGUGGAAGAUCAGAAACAUCAACAGUUGAGCUCGUAUAUACGGAUAUGUCACAUUUGUAUUUAAAAAUUUCAAGUAAUUUGGAUGCAAUCGAUCGAUUGGGUCCACAAUUAUUGCAAUGUAAGACCCUUUUUGAAUUGUCAAUUAUGAAUGAACUGCAAACUAUAGCCUCAGAAAUAGUUCAGACAAAAAAUGUUGCUAUGUAUCAAGAGGGGGAGCAGCUUAUUAGUCAAGUACUAUCUGAAAUUUCAACAACCAGCUGUAUUGUAAAUCGCACACAGGUUGCCGAAGAAUUCGUAAGACAGUUAAAUUUGAAUUUUCAACGCACGCUGGACCAAGCCCGUGCUGCAUUUGCUUCUAGUACUGAAAGAAGUUGUUAUCCUCCCGAUGUUAAACAAAAAGUUGAAAGGCGUAUGGAGCCGCCUAUUAGAUGCACACAACAUUUGUUGAAAGACGAAUUUUAUGAACGUUUACAUAAAGUUUUACAAAGGACCCGCAUCAACGAAGCUCAAAAAAAACUGAUGGAUGCUGCGCAACAAGAGUUUGAUCAAAAUAAAGCCAUGGGCCUGGAUGAAUUACAAAGUCGUCUUGAAGCAAGUUUUGAACGAAUACUAAAAGAACACUAUCAAGAUCUUUUAUCGUCAAAAGAAUCAGAGAAUCAAAUAACGGAGAAAAUUUUAAAAUUUUAUAACGCAGACUGCCAAAGUAAAGCAGCAAACAUAACAAAAGAUAGUAUCUAUAAUCUACUACAACCAUUGAAUAAUGAUUGUUACAAACAUUACUUUCAAAAGUUUAUUAAUUGUUGGUCUGAGUUAAAAAAGCAAGCGAACCCAGCCGAUCCGAAUAUUUUGCGGAAGUUCUGGUCAUUUUUUUCAGGUCAUGGAGAUAAGAACGUCGAUACGAUAUGGUCUGAUUUAAAGCACAGCGUAGAGUGGUUCAGCAAUAAGAAAUCAGACAAGAACAAGAAGAUAUUUGUGAAUAUUUUAAAAUAUUUAAUAAUGAAAAUAGAGGAGGAGGUUUCAAAUUUGAUCAGUAACGCCAAAUCGUCAUCAUCAAAUCCUCGAACCGUCCAUUUUCUCUUCACCUAUGUCGAAAACGCGAUCAAUCAUGAGAUCGUCACAAACAAUCAAAAAUAUCUAAACCGACAUGAACUUUGUAUGGAUUUAGUCGUCAUUGGUCUUAAAAUAUUAAUUGAUCAAGCAAUUGCCGUUGAAGAGGCGAACUAUGAAUCAAACAUGCAAAAGUCAACGAAAGAAAUGAAAGAAUGCAAAGAAAAUUUAUCUAAACAGUAUAAUGCAAUGAAAGAUUCAUUCGAACAAGGAAAAAAUCUUGCCAACAUAGUUGGAAAACAAAUUAUCGAUGAAAUUGGACAUAUAGUACUGCGGAAAAUUGACAGUGAUGUAAAACAAGAUAUAGUUAGAAGUCAAUUUAUCAACCAUGAAGCAAUUCAAAACCAAGCUUAUGAACAAAGUAUUAGUCAAGCAAAUGGUGAAAAUAUCCUUAAAUAUGUCUAUGAUAUUAAUCGAUAUUUUAUGGAACUAAGUUUAAAAGAAAUUAAAACGACACUGAAUGCUGUAACGCAUAAUCAUACAUUGAAUUUAGAACAGUUAAUCACAGCCGCUAUUGACAAAGCCAAUGAAACUGUUGUAGCUGACAGUUGUGAGGAUACUGAAGUAGUGAAAGAUCAUGUACAUAAUGCAAUACUCGAUAUAUUGGAUCCUCAGGUUAGGUAUGAUCGUUUAUUAUUUGACGUCUUUCCAUUAUUCGAGGUAGUCCGGAUGCCAAUUCAAGACUCAGAGCGAUUUAAGAAAGGCUUUAAACAAAAUAUUCUCAAUUAUUACAAUGACAUCGCAAGUCGAGUUAUGGAAUUGACGAAAAACAUGAAAUCCGAAGCAUUUGAAAGUUGUAAAAGAAGUAUUUCUCAACAACUUGGUUGUCAAAGCCGGUGUCCCGGCUGUGGUGCCAAAUGCAGUAGGCCAGAACCUCACGAAAAAGAAAAUGUCGAACAAUGGUGUGAUCCGUGCAAAUGUCCGAUGGGUAAAUGCGUUUGCGCCCAUCCCGAUCCCAUCUUAGUCGAAGCUCAUGAAAGUACACAUCACAUAGCAAAAGCAUUUCAUGGUGGUAGGUAUUACAAAAUAUUCACACCGAAUUUAGAAUUAUGUUAUCAACGUUGGACAACUGCAACUGUAUACAUGGGUGAUGACGACGACGCAGUGAGCAUAUUUCCAGCAGCUAAAUAUUAUAAUGAAAAACAUUCAGCUUGGUACAAUGAUUUAAAUAAACAAUCUACAGUAGGAAAAGCAUGUGCAGAGAUGGUUGCACCGCCAGAUCAAAGACGAGCAUGGAUGGUUGUUCGUCAUACGCUCAUCAAACAUUAUAGUAAAUCGCAUAAAAUGAUUGAACAAAAACACUAUAACACAAAAUUAUAUCCAAGAAGUGUAGUAACUUUACCAGAAGAUUAUGAACCAACCUGGAAAGACGAAAAUUUUGAGUUGUAA